GCCCGUUGCUCAGCCCGGCCCAUCCUCUCGACCCCGGUCCCCCUCCCUCCUCCUUCCCUCCUCUCCCGACCUCGCCCGCCGACCAUGAGCGACAAGUUGACCCGUAUCGCGCUCGUCAACCCCGACCGGUGCAAGCCCAAAAAGUGCCGCCAGGAGUGCAAGAAGUCGUGCCCGGUCGUCCGCAUGGGCAAGCUGUGUAUCGAGGUCACGUCGGCGAGCAAGAUUGCGUUCAUCUCGGAGGAGCUCUGCAUCGGUUGCGGCAUCUGCCCCAAGAAGUGCCCGUUCGAGGCCAUCAAUAUCAUCAACUUGCCGACCAACCUCGAGUCGCAGGUGACGCACCGCUACUCGGCCAACUCGUUCAAGCUGCAUCGGCUCCCGACCCCGCGCCCGGGCCAGGUCCUCGGCCUCGUCGGCACCAACGGUAUCGGCAAGUCGACGGCGCUCAAGAUCCUCGCGGGCAAGAUGAAGCCCAACCUCGGCAAGUUUGACGCGCCGCCCGACUGGCAGGAGAUCCUGCGCCACUUCCGCGGCUCCGAGCUCCAGAACUACUUUACCAAGGUCCUCGAGGACAACCUCAAGCCGCUCAUCAAGCCCCAGUACGUCGACCACAUCCCGCGCGCCAUCAAGGGCAAGCAGACGGUCCGCCAGAUGCUCGACACCAAGAAGGAGCUCGACAACUACGACGAGGUCAUCGACGCCCUCGACCUCGACGUCGUCAUGGAGCGCGACAUCUCGCAGCUCUCGGGAGGAGAGCUGCAGCGCUUCGCGAUCGGCAUGUCGUGCAUCCAGAACGCCGACAUCUACAUGUUCGACGAGCCGUCGUCGUACCUCGACGUCAAGCAGCGCCUCAACGCGGCGCGCAUCAUCCGGUCGCUCUUGCGCCCGACCAACUAUGUCAUCGCCGUCGAGCACGACCUGUCGGUGGCCGACUACCUGUCCGACUUUAUCUGCUGCCUGUACGGCAUGCCGUCCAUGUACGGCGUCGUCACGAUGCCCUUCUCGGUGCGGGAAGGCAUCAACAUCUUCCUCGACGGCAAGGUCCCGACCGAGAACCUGCGCUUCCGCGAGGAGUCGCUCACGUUCAAGAUUGCCGAGGCGACCGACGACGUCCUCGCCGAGAAGACGCGCCGGUACAACUACCCGGCCAUGACCAAGACCCAGGGCAACUUCAAGCUCAACCUCGACGCGGGCUCGUUCACCGACUCGGAGAUCAUUGUCCUCCUCGGCGAGAACGGCACGGGCAAGACGACGUUUGUCAAGCUCCUCGCCGGCAAGGACCUGCCCGACAACAAGGAGGACGCGCUCCACUUUACCGUGUCGCUCAAGCCCCAGACGAUCGCGCCCAAGUUCCCCGGCACCGUGCGCGAGCUCCUCCUCAAGCAGAUCCGCGCCGCCUUCAUGCACCCGCAGUUCAACACGGACGUCAUCAAGCCCAUGAACCUCGAGAACAUCAUCGACCAGUACGUGACGACCCUGUCCGGCGGUGAGCUGCAGCGCGUCGCCAUCGUCCUCGCCCUCGGCAAGCCCGCCGACAUCUACCUCAUCGACGAGCCGUCGGCGUACCUCGACUCGGAGCAGCGUAUCAUCGCCGCCCGCGUCAUCAAGCGCUACAUCCUUCACUCGAAGAAGACGGCGUUCGUCGUCGAGCACGACAUCGUCAUGGCGACCUACCUCGCCGACCGCGUCGUCGUCUACUCGGGCACGCCCUCGGUCGAGUCGUUCGCGACCGCACCCGAGAGCCUCCUGACCGGCAUGAACAAGUUCCUCAAGAGCCUCGAGAUCACGUUCCGCCGCGACCCGACCAACUUCCGCCCUCGCAUCAACAAGGCCGGCUCGAUCCUCGACACGGAGCAGAAGUCGGCGGGCAAGUACUUCUUCACCGACUCGCAGAUCUAAGCGCGCGUCGACGAGGGCGAGCCGCAGGACGAGGAGCCGCUCGAGGUCGAGCUGGUUGUGGCGGGCGUGAGCGUGGACGGCGGCAGCUUCUCGGUCGAGCUGCCGAGCGUCGGCUGAGGUGGGGAAGGAGGGAGCGGCGCGCACUGUACGAUACCCCCACCCUCAUCCCUCUUUCUUCCUUUCUUCCUCCCUCGCCGUCUCUCUAGCGGCUCCCUCACUCCCUCUCCACCUUGUCAUAGACCUCCUUGCCACCCCUUGCAGCCGUAAUUGUACUCUCCUCUUGUGCACCAGCA